GGGCGCGUAACCUGCCGCGGCGGCACCGGCAGCGCCGCUCCGCCCGACACGGACACGCCGCCGCUCGGCAGAGCUGCUGCCGGUGGCCGCAGAGCUCCGCCGCCGCCCCGAGGGACAAUGGUGCCGCGGGCCUGUCGCAGCGCGGGUGCUCGCCCGUUCUUGCUGGCGCUGCUGCUGGUGCAUCUGCCGCAGGGUCGCGGCCACCGAGCCACGGGGCCCCGGUUUUUAAUAAGCGACCGCGACAGAGACCCUCAGUGUAACCUGCAUUGCUCCAGGUCCCAGUCCAAACCCCUGUGUGCCUCUGACGGCAGAACAUACGAGUCCAUGUGCGACUACCAGAGAGCCAAAUGCCGUGAGUCAAGUCUGAGCGUGACACAUCGUGGCCGGUGCAAAGAUGCUGGCCAAAGCAAAUGUCGAUUAGAGAGAGCUCAAGCACUGGAACAGGCAAAGAAGCCCCAGGAAGCAGUCUUCAUCCCAGAAUGCAAUGAGGAUGGAUCAUUCACUCAGGUGCAGUGCCAUACCUACACUGGAUACUGCUGGUGUGUGACACCUGAUGGCAAGCCUAUUAGCGGCUCUUCUGUACAGAACAAAACUCCUGUAUGUUCAGGUUCUGUAACUGAUAAACCAUCAAGCCAGGGUAAUUCAGGAAGGAAAGUUUCUUUUCGGUUCUUUUUAACCCUCAAUUCAGAUGAUGGUUCGAAGCCAACGCCUACCAUGGAAACCCAGCCUAUUUUCGAUGGAGAAGAAAUCACAGCACCAACCCUUUGGAUUAAGCACUUGGUCAUCAAAGAUUCCAAAUUGAACAGCUCCAGUAUAAGAAAUUCAGAGAAAGUUCACUCCUGCGACCAGGAAAGGCAGAGUGCCCUGGAGGAGGCCAGGCAGAAUCCCCGCGAGGGUAUUGUCAUCCCCGAGUGUGCUCCUGGAGGACUCUACAAACCAGUGCAAUGCCACCAGUCUACUGGGUACUGCUGGUGUGUCCUGGUGGACACAGGACGUCCUCUGCCUGGUACUUCCACUCGCUAUGAGACUCCAGUGUGUGAAAGUGAUGCCAGAUCGAAGAGCACAGAGGUUGAUGAUCCAUUCAAGGACAGAGAACUUCCAGGCUGCCCAGAAGGGAAGAAAGUUGAAUUUAUUACCAGCUUACUUGAUGCUCUGACAACAGACAUGGUACAGGCUAUUAACUCAGCAGCACCUACUGGGGGUGGGAGGUUCUCUGAGCCAGACCCCAGCCACACACUAGAGGAGCGAGUGGUACACUGGUAUUUCAGCCAGCUGGACAACAACAGCAGUGAUGAUAUCAACAAGCGGGAGCUAAAGCCUUUCAAACGUUAUGUAAAGAAGAAAGCCAAGCCCAAGAAAUGUGCCCGGCGUUUCACUGACUACUGUGAUCUCAACAAGGACAAGUCGAUCUCGCUUCAGGAACUGAAAGGGUGUUUGGGAGUCCGUAAGGAAGGAGUUCAGUUUAACUUUGUAAUUGUUGUUUCUUGCCCCACCAAACCUCUGGAUUUCAUGACAUUCAGCUACUACAACACCAGGUAGCCUGAGCAGUUUGCCCAAUGGAAAAAGACAAGGCCUUAACCCUUUCAUAGGUCGCCUGGUGUAGCAGCAGAAGACAGGAAGGGAAGGCAGGAGCUGACCCAAAGGAAGGAAAGAUCCAGUGACAGACGGACAGACACCUUGCUGCUUGUGAGCAAGCAUGCAGCAUCAGCAACAUCCACCGUAGCAGAAGUGGCAUCCAGAAUUUUUGCACUUUUUAAUAAUUGGUUUGGGUUUGGUUUUAAUUGCUUUUCAAUGCCAUAAUCUAAUACUUUGGAGAGUGGAGAGAAGCAGGAUCAUGACUUUUUAAAAUUGGAACAGCUACUGAUGAUGUAAAAUUGAGUUCACUGGGACUCAAAGACUUUUAUAUACUGUAUAUAAAUAUAUAUGUAAAUUGUACAGUUGUCUUGUACAGGGUUGGAGUCACUGUUCUAUUCCUCCCUUUGCUUUUGAAGGCUGUUACGGCUAGAGAGACAGUUUGCCUUUACUGGAUUACAGUAAUGCAUUUAUUUCUGCCACCAAACCAUCAUUCAGUGGCAAACCUUAACACCCCCAUGCGGAAAGGAGCCAGUGUAUCAGCAUGACUUGUUCUUGCAGAUGUGCACACAGUGUACCAGAUACCAAAUGCUUCUUGAGAGCAUCUGAACCCCCUUUCUUACUGUAAAGCCUGUGCAACUCACAGGGCUUUUGAGAGCACAGAUUUCAUAUAAGUAUUGGUGCACUGCAAAGCUGCUUAAAGUAGGGAUAGAAAAGGGUUGUAUUAAGGACAUAUAAAAGUAGUUUCUGCACCUGUUGCAAGUUGGACAGAAAUGAAUUACAAUUGCAUUGCUAUCCAGGCUCAGAUGAUAUACUUAGGAAAGAUGUGCCAUGCCUCUGGAAUCUAAUGCUGUAGGAAUGAUGUGGGAGCUGUAGGUCUAGCAGAGUCAUUGGAAGGAAGCUGUACAUCUUCCUCUCUGAUGAAGUGUUCAUCUAUAUGUCAUACAAGAAUAAAAAUACUAAGAAUCCUGCUAAAAGCAGCAUUAGCCUGCCUGUUGCUUGCCUGAAGAGCAGAGAACAUAGCUGUCAAUGCAGAAAGACACAAUCAUGCUGCUGGUCCCCAAGUGUCUGCUUUACUUAUGUUUCAACACUACAGCUUGGGCUGUGCUCACUGGUCUGUCAGAAAUGACUAUUCUUGUCCUUGAUGAUUGUGAAUCCAAGCUUCCCUCCUGCACAGUGCUGUGCCUGCCUAGCUUAGAGUAUCCACUCUUCCUAAUUUGCUGUUACCAGUGUUACCUGUGUUAGAUGACACUGGAGUUUGAUGAACAAUAACAGUGAAGGCUUGGAGUUGAAGAGUCUGGUGUUCUUGGAGGCCACAGGGGCUUUUUCAACAACGAGAAGUUUUACCAAAGUUGUUUCUUUUGCAGGGGCACCCAUAUCAGCAGUCCUAGGUUUGGGCAGAGUGUGAUGGGACAGUGUUUUGCUUUAUGUAUUUCCAACCACUGGCAGCACUCACCUGUUCUGAGCAGCCUCCCACUUCAGACCUGGUGACCCUUAUGCCACUUGUCUCUGUUAGAAGAAACUGUAGUCAGAGAUGAUGAUAUGCCAUGCUAAUGAGAUCACACCAACAAUUGCUUGCAACAGCACUGGGUUACUGUAGAGACUGGAGUCAUUCUUUGAGUCUAUAUCCCUGUUGCUUUGGUAAAAGAUGUUACAACAAAGCAUCUUCAAUCUGUGUCAUGUCAUCAUGAGAAUAGUAUUAGAUAAAUCCAUUACAAAAAAAAGUGUCCUGAUGCAGUAAGUUAGUGAUUGUUGGCAAAAUGGAAAGUUACAAAAAAAAAAAAAAAGCCAAAAAUAGUUCUGUAAGUAACUGUUUAAGUGUAGUAAUAACUUCUGGGAAGUAGAUUGGAGCUAAUUAAAACAUGUAGCUUGGUUGAAAACACCUCUGGUAAUCUCUGAAAUAUACAUCACACCACCAUAAUAUAAAGAUGUCAUCUCUCUAGCAAGAGCAGAUCCUGCUGCUGGAUAUUCAUGGUUUCUCACAUACAAUGUAUGUGCUUUUCUGGUCUGCAAGCUCCCACCUUCUUGAUUGCUUCUUCCCUUUUUUUUUUUUCUUCCUUUUUUUUUAAAUGCCCAGGGCAUAUCUUUUGUGUGUUGAAAUAAUUUGGUUUAGUGUAUAGUUAGAAAUGUCCUUGUCACACUCACUAAUUCUAUAGUAGGAGUAAAGAAUGAAUCCAAUGUAUAAAAAAACCCUCUCCUUUUAAAUAUGCUAGUUUUAGGAAUUUAAAGAUCUGGCUGCUGGGUUGAUUGGUGUUUGGUGGUUUGGGUUUUUGGGGUCUUUUGGGGGGGUGGGGUUUUUUUUUGUUUGUUUGUGUGUUUGUUUUUUAAUGUAUAGUUGCAUCAGCAGAAGCAACCAAUUGGAUGCCUAUAGGAGUUUUGUCAGCCAGGCACUGGGGCUGGGCAAUGCCCCACAGGAUUGUGGGGGGACUACAGAGCUGCUAAAACUCACUGCAUCUUUUCUUCUGGAAAUGUAAAUAAAUCACCCAACCAAGACUCCUACCUGUCACAUAAAUUCUGCUGACUUCCUUUUUCUCAUCCUUGUGUCCUUCCCCUCCAAGAAGCCUGCAUUCACAUAAAGUUUGCAAUUAAAAUUGGGUCAGUUCUUCAAGGAAGCCAGACAAAGGGGUGGCUGUUGAUUAGCUUUGGCAUUAGUGGGUGUUCAUGUUGCUAUGCUAGAGCUGACUUUAUGGAUGGAUUGGGGACUAAGCAUUAUAUUGCUCCCCUUUUACAAGAAAAGUCCAAGUCCCUGCAUCCUGAUUUGUGUGGGUCUCUGAGCAGCUUCUGGUAAUACUUGUACACUGCCAUGGAAGACCCAAAAAGCAUGAUUGUGUAAUGUCCAAGUAGAUGUUAGGUUACUUGUUCUGGUUUUGUGUUGGAGGAUCAUGCAGACAGUACUGGUCUUGAUUAAUACAACCCAUGCUAUAAGCUGUCCAAACACUGUACUCAUCAGAAGAUCUUCAGCUGCCUGCUUCCCCUGUUGCUUUCAUUGCCAAAAAGCUGGCCAGUCCAUGUGGCUGCCAGGCCAAAUGUGUCCUUAUCUGGUGGUGGUAAGCAUUCUUCUGCUCUGCCUUGCAUCAGUAGCAUUUUACUGAAGCUGGGACAUGGGGAGUGUCAGUAUUGUGUCUGGAAGUAGACACUGUGCAUGUGUCUCCUCAUCUGUCAAGUCUUCCUGGGCCUCUCCAACUCUACUUUGAAUGACAGUUGAAAACAGCAGAGAAGAGAACCAGGACCCCACAGUGCAAGUCAUCUGUUCCUCCUGCCAAAAGAAAAAAAAUCUUUCCUUUUUUGCUGAUCCUCCAAGGGCAUAGUAUGUUGGAGGAAACUGCAUUAUGGUGGGAUUCAUAUGUGUGAAGGCACUGCUUUCCAUGGCUUGAGUUUAUAUUGACUUACCCUACCCCAGCACAUUUUUGCCUAUGGCAUCAUUUGUUAAACUGAAAGGCAUCUGUUUGGUUUUGGUUUUGUAAUAAAAUAGAUAACUUUU